AUGCUUGAACCCCACAAUGAAGACCUACUGCAAGAACUCAUGGAUCACCUCUCAAGAGCUUAUCAGGCAUUUGCUCUCACCAUCAGCUUAAAGAAAACAGUUGUACUAGGACAAGGAGUGCCACAAGAUCCAUCAAUCACCCUUGAACUUAGUCUCCAUCUUCAGUUUUCGGUCAAGACUCUGAUUGAUCGUUCCUGUUUUGAGACUAUUGAUGAUUCUUCCCCUGAAUUUAAUAAUUUUGCAGCCAUUCUGGAACAGAUUCUAAGUCAUCGACUGAAAGGGCAUAUCACCUGGUUCGGCUAUGAAAGCCCUCGUAGCUUCUGGGACUACAUUCGAGUUGCAUGCCGUAAGGUAUCACACAAUUGCAUCUGCAGCAUUGAGAACAUGGAGAAUGUCAGUUCUUCUAGAGCCAAGGGCAGAGCCUGGAUCAGAGUAGCGCUUAUGGAAAAACAUUUGUCUGAAUACAUUUCUACAGCUCUGAGAGACUUCAAAACAACCAGGAGAUUUUAUGAGGAUGGAGCGAUUGUCUUGGGUGAAGAAGCAAAUAUGCUUGCUGGCAUGUUGUUGGGGCUCAAUGCUAUUGAUUUCAGUUUCUGCUUGAAGGGAGAGGGACUGGAUGGCAACUUUCCAGCUGUAAUAGAUUACACACCUUACCUGAAAUUUACCCAAAGUUCUGACAGCAUAAGCAGUGAUGAAGAAGAGCUGCGAACACUAGGCAGCAGUGGCAGUGAAAGCAGUACUCCAGAAAAUAUUGGUCCCCCUUUCAUAAUGGAUGAAAACAGUUGGUACAACAAAUGCAAAAGGGUAGAACAGAAGUAUCGACUGGCUUUGGAACAGAAGGGUUAUCUUGAAGAGCUGGUACGCCUUAGAGAAACACAACUGGCUGAAUCUGUUUCACAGAAUAAACUCGUACUGCAGCGGAUUGAAGAUAUGGAUCUAGCCCAUAAAAUGGAAAAGGAGCAGCUGGAGUAUAUCAUUGUGGAGCUGCAAGACCAGCUGACUGUGCUAAAGAAUAAUGAUUUAAGAUCAAGACAAGAGUUAACUACCCAUCUCACCAAUCAGUGGCCUUCCCCUGGAGCUUUGGAUGUCAAUGCUGUUGCCUUGGAUACCCUACUCUAUAGAAAGCACAAUAAACAAUGGGAUGAGAAAAGUUUUCAAAGUCUGGACCAGCUCUCAGCAGAUGUUAGCUUUUCUCAGACAUCUCUGGAUCCAGGUCAUUCACAAGAUGGAAAGCAGGAUGGAAUAAAUUUACUAAAUGAAGGAAAAGAGGACACCCCAUCACUGCUUGGUCUCUGUGGCUCUCUGACGUCAGUAGCAAGUUACAAAUCUCUCACAAGUCUGAAAUCAAGUGAAUAUCUUGCGAGUCCCACAACAGAGAUGACAAGUCCAGGUCUAACUCCAUCCUGAGCAGAUAUACAUAAUGAAGGGGUUUUAUGUUGUAUGCAUUCAAUUUACAUUCCAUAAUUAGACUUGCUAUGAAGACAUUUUAAAAAUUCAAGCAAGCUAAAGAAUCUGCUGCUUUAUUUUGUCCUUUUCUGUAAUUAUGUGUUUAAAAAAACCACAAAUAAUAUAUGUGUUAUCUAUCACAUCCUUUGUCGUUCUUCUUUAACAGGAAUGUACAGAUUUCCUUUUUGAAACCUUUUAUUAGUUGAGAUUCCCAGUCAGGUACAGAAUUUUGUGCGAUAAAGGUAUGAAUUAAUACAUCGUAAAAAAAAACAAAAAACAAAAAAACAGAUUAAAUUAGCCUUCUAUUUAACUGCCAUGAUCUGUGUUACCCUGCCAGAGUUGAUAACCUCCCUCUGCUCUUAACCAGAGCACUUCUCUACAGUUAUACAUAUUGCCAACAUUUGCAGAAGAGGCAUGAAUUCCAGUCUUGACGGGUAAAUAAAUAUUUAAUUUCUAAAUAUUUUAUGUUUAAAAAUGUAAUUUUUUUGUGUAUAUUUGUUCUAUUAUUUAUGUAGAUUCUCAAAUAGUUUAUUUUAUUCUACUGAGAUGAUUUAUUCAGCUUCUUUUGAAACAUUGACUAAGUGUUAAAUUUGUAUCCCAGUUAUCAUUAUGCCACUUGGAGAUGACCAAUGUUUAUUUAGUUUCUCAUCAUGAAGAAUAUAUCCCUACUUCUUGAUCGUGGGACAGAGUAACAGAGCUACUUCCAAGCUUACGAAAGGAUUUGAAGGCAAAUCGAUAAAUGAUUUGCAUAAUCCAAUUUAGGGAAAACUUUGCAAUGUGAAAAGUGGGUAAGCUUGAUUUUUGGCAUUAUCUUCCCUUAAUGCAAAGGGUAGAGGAAAGUCAAAGAAUGGGACUAAGAAAUGGGGUAGUGUUAGGACUUAUUAUAGCUGGGGGGAGGGAAGGGGGGGGUCUCUUUUCAUGUUUACUUGUAAAGAAUUCAGGGCAUUUUUUUAAAAACUUAAAUUUAGAUUGGAUAAUUGACUAAAUGAAUGCCAAAUUCUCACAUUUACUUUUUUUCUCAUUCAUGAAGUAGUUUGAUAGGUAUUUGCUUGAUUAUACAGUUCAGUAACACUUAAAAGUGAAUCCUUUAAAAUUCUGUCACUGAUUAAACUAUUGAUACAAAUUAUUUGAAAGGAUUUUAAAACAAAACUAAACUUUCCAGAUGGUCCCACCCUUUUUAAAGUUUGCAAAAUAAUUUUUGUAUUGCAAACUAUAUUCUUAAUUCUUUGUAAAAUUUACUGAAUCCUUUAUCUAAGAAUUUUGCUAGUCAGGGUAGUGCUUAUUAGUCCCAUUGAUAACUUUUUAAACAAAAUGUAAGUGCAUGCAAGUGUUGCAUUUAUUAAUCAUGAGGGAAAUGCUUUGUUGUGCCAAAGACGUUUCAUAAACUGUUUACAUGAGUGGCUGCAAAACUUCUAGGGAUCCUUAAUUACAGCUUACUUUCAGGAUGUUGUUUACAAUAGACACUACUUGCUAUGCCGCCUGCUUCAUUUGACUAGCCAUACAGAGAAAUGUGCCUCUUGUAAUGUUGCCCUUAGCACUACUGCUGUAGUUUGGCAGGGUAAAGAAUAGGAAUUUAAUCAAUCAUUCCUGCAAACAGAACAAUGCAAGAUGUAGAUGGUGCGUGUGAUAGUAUACGUCUCCAGAAAUAACUAUAAUGAUUUCUGAAAUACAAUUUGAACAGUAGAGCUCUUUUCUUAAGGUCUACCAGAAUGCCUGUUAUCACAUAAAGUAAUUGCCUGGUCCUUGCACUAAGCCCCUGCUCUGUCAUGGCAGUCCAGUAGUUUAUUUGAAACAAUAUUAAUUAAAUAUUAAUUUGUAAACUAAAGAUGCAUUUUUAAUAUAAACAACAAAGGAAUCAGGAUUUCAUUAAGUUAACUUUCCAUGUUUAUGUAUGGUAACUUCAGCAGUCUGCGUGCUGUUAUCUAAACAGUUCUCCCUGUUCUUUGGCUAUAAUCAUGAUUUUUAGUCAUGUCGGCUGAUGGCUCUCUUUUUGGAGCGACUAGGGUAAAAUUCAUGCAGUGUCAUAUAAGUACGUCUUUUCUGUAGUAUGUUUCACACCAGUAGUAGUUAGUAAAUGUCAAUGUUUGUGCAUGGGAAACUGGCUGUAUGUCUCUCUUCUAAAUGCUAUCCAUAGUUCAAAAAUAUCUGAACAAAAAUAAAUGCCUAAAUUUGUAUUUUGUUGCCUUGUGCAUCAUAACUGUUGCAUGUAAAUUAAACUUUUUUGUACU